AUGGCAUUGAAUAGAAAAAAUUCAUUUAUUGAUAGUUUUCUAUCUUCUAACCCUAAUCAUGAUCAAGAAUCGACAUUGGAACAACGAUCGAGACGAGCUACUAUUAUUUCGGCAAAUCCUUUGAUGAAUAUAAUCAAGCCAUUUUUCAAUGGCAAUAAAAAUGACGAAGUUCCUGAGUUUCGCAAUCGUGUUCGUUAUAUUCGAGAUUCAUGUAAAGUAUUAUCUGAUAUUUGGAAAACAGACAAAGAUUUUUUAAAUAAAAAUCUUGAUAGUGAUAUAUUAAAAGCAUUUAAAGAGUUUCGUUCGAGUGAUGUUGCACAAUUAUAUCAUUAUUCAGAUGGACAAUAUGGUUCACCAUCAAUUUUAAAUUCAACUAUUGAUGAUUUAAUAGAAAUACAUGAAUUUAUUGAUACUAGAAGAAAAGAAUGGUUUGAAAAUUUUCGAAAAAUUACCGAACAAGCCAAAGAAAAACAAUUAUCUAUUCGACAAACAAUGUCAGAACUUCGUGAUAAUUAUGAACGUGCACAACGAAAAUUUGAAACAGCUGAAGCGAAUUUUAAAAAAUUUCGAACUCGAUCUGAUCGUGUAACAAUUCCAAAUUAUGAUGAACGUUAUCAAGAAUUAGAAGAAAUUUAUAUAGAAUGUGAUCAAAGUCGAAUAUCAAAUCGUGAUAUUUAUUUUACAGAAACAAAUCGUAUUGCUAGUGAAGAAUAUUUAAUUAGUUGUCAAUUUUUUGCUAAAUAUUUAACUGAAGAACAAAUAUUUUAUAAUGAUAUUCAUUUAUAUUUAUUUAAUCGAAUACCACAAAUAAAAUAUCGUUUAGAUAAUUAUAAAUUAGCUCCAUCAUUUCAUUGUGAUUUAUCUGAACAUUGUUUAAAAAGAAUUCAUCGUCCAAUAGCUUAUCCAAUUGAAAUGUCUCUUUAUUUAUUAGAAAAUUCUAUUGAAGAAGAAGGUCUUUUUCGUAUUGCACCACAACAAGCUAAACAAAAAAAAUUUGUUACUGAACUUGAUUUACAAAUUAUUAAUAAAAAUAUUAAAUUACGAGAUCUUACUUAUGAUCCACAUGUACCAGCAGCUACACUUAAACAAUAUUUAAGAGAACUUCCUGAUUGUUUACUUACUGAUGCACUUUUACCACAAUGGAAUCAAAUUAUAUUACUUAGUAGUGAUGAAGAUCGUAUUCGACAUAUAAGUCAAUUAAUAAAUAAAUUACCUCGAGUUAAUUAUGAUAAUCUUUGUUAUCUAAUUCGAUUUUUAAGUCGUGUUGCUGAAUAUUCAUCUGUAAAUAAAAUGACAGCCAGUAAUUUAGGUAUAUGUAUUGGAGGUAGUCUUCUAUAUCCAAAAGAGCAAACAUCGAAUUUAUCUAUGUCGAAUACUUAUACAAUUAGUUCAAUUAUUGUUGAACUUAUGAUUAUAUAUAAUAAACAAUUAUUUCCAUUAAAUAAUCAAAUUGAUAUUGAACAAGAUAAUCAAACAUUAUAUCAAUCACAACCUGAUCUUAUUCCAACAUUUAUUCAAUCUAAAAGUUAUACUGGUUCAAAUGAAAAUUUAGUUGAUACUCAAUCCAUAACAGGAUUAUCACAAUCAUCACCAAAAAUAAGUCACAAAAAACGAGCACCUCAUGCACCAUUUGAUCGACAAAUGCCAGUUCAAAUCGAGUCAACAUAUAAUCGACAAAACAAUAUUGAAGAUAUAUCAAAAGAUAAUAUUCAUUUAGAACAAAUAAUAGUAUCAAGAUCACCAACUUCAAAUAAUAAAAGUUCUCAUCGUCAUGGAAGUGUCGAAUAUUUGUUAGAUAAUCCAAAUGGUCUACCAAUUUUUUCACAAUAUCGUUCGAAAGUUUCAAAUAAUAUUAAAGAACAAGAUGUUUCUCAAACAAAAGAAGAUGAUAAAAUAACAUCAAAAGAAAUCUUAUCAGUUAACUCAACAUCAAAUGAUGAUAUUCAUUUUACGAAAUUGAAUUCUAAUAGAAAUAAUCGAAUGGCUAAUUCGAAUAUUGAUUCAGGUCAAACAACGAAUACUAAUGCCGUUUCUUCCUGUCAUGAUAAUAAAUCAAGUCCUUUAGAAGAAAUAACUCAAUUCUAG